UCAAAUAAGUUCUAUCAAAAUCUUAGUGUUGUGUUUACAAGAUCAUCCCACCGACUUGUCGACAUCAGAAGAAAUCAAAAUGAAGAUCUUCAUAGUUUGUGUGUGUCUCAUGGCUUCAACAUUAGCGGAACCUCCAGUUAAUAGAUACCUACCCCCACAAGGACAAAACAGAGGAUCUUCACUUUCAAAAACAUACGGAACCCCAAGCUUCGGUAGUCAGACGCAAAACGGAGCUGCGUUCAGGCAGCCUUCCUCUACAUAUGGCGCUCCAUCGAGAUCUCGUCCCAACUCCCAAUACUUACCCCCUUCUAACCAAUAUGGUCUUCCUCGUUCUAAUUCCCAAUCACCAACAAGCCAGUACCAAGCCCCAACGAGCCAGUACCAAGCACCAACAAGCCAAUAUCAAACUCCAUCAAAUCAAUACGGUUUGCCAAACCAAGGUAAAAAUUUUGGCCAAGCCGGUAGUGGAAUUCAAUACAAUGCACCCUCUCAAGAAUAUGGAACUCCUGCAACCGGACGUGGUAAUAUAGGAAACAACUACAACCAGCAGAGCAGACAAUAUCUACCACCUGGUGGUGGAUACGAUGACGGCAGCAACGGGGAACCAGCAAACUAUAACUUCGAAUAUAUGGUAAAGGACGCGUACUCAGGCAACGACUUCGGUCACCGGGAAUCAAGACAAGGAGACAGGGCUGAGGGAUUGUAUUACGUUCUGCUGCCAGACGGUAGAAAACAGACCGUACAAUACGAAGCCGACCAAGAUGGUUACAAACCAAGAAUAUCGUACGAAGACACCGGAGCUCGCGCUGGCUACAAUGGUAACAGCCAAUCGGGCUACGACGAUCAAUAUUCUAGCGGACCGUAUUAAAAUUUUGAUAUUUUUUUACUUAUUUAUUUUAAAGGUAUUUAUAUAUUACUUUUAAUUAAGAAUUUCGACAUCACAAUUAUUGCUUGAUAUACUAUGAAAGGAUUUAAUUAAUCAAAAUAAUUUAAUUUUCAUUGUCUGUGGCGGUCCACAGAUUAGUUGGUACUUUUUAUUUGAUGACUUGGCUAUGAUAAUGGAUUAUGAACGUAAUAUAUAGGUAUUUAUAUACAUUAUAUAAAUAUUUGUAAGGCAUAGUUUUGUAUUAAUAAACGCAAUUAUUUUGCGAAUAAAUGAGGCCAGUAAACUAGUUACUUUAUAAGAAAUGUUAUUUUUAGUAACAUAUUUUAUAAUUUGUAAAUAUUUUUUUAAAUAAAAAUCGCUUUUUUAA